AUGACGGAGGCAACUGAAGGAUCGGGCGAUGCCCCUAUCAGCUUCAAGGUCAAGACCUCGGGCGAGGGCAACCACUCUGUCACCAUGCCCGAGAGCGCCACCGUGCUUGACCUCAAGACGAAGCUGUCCACAGCCGAGUUCGAGAACAUCCCCGUCGAGCGCCAGCGACUAAUCUACUCGGGCCGUGUCAUGAAGAACGAAGAGCCCUUGGCCACCUACAAGAUCAAGUCUGGCAAUACAGUCCACUUGGUCAAGAGCGCUGCAAGCAACCCAACACCUGCGCCUUCUUCUACCUCGUCGCAAUCGGCUCCCGCUCGGCCCCAGGUGCCCACCAACAUGGCCGCUGGAACCGCGAACAACCCGCUGGCUGGACUUACCGGCGCCCGCUACGCUGGACUCACAGGUCUCCCAUCUGCCGACAUGUUCGGGCCCGAUGGAGGCAUGGUUGGCCCCAUGAUGGACGAGGAUGCCAUGAACAGAAUGCUCUCGGACCCCAACGUCCUCCAGCAGAUGAACGAAAUGCUCAACAACGACCAGUUCCUCGACAUGAUGAUCCAGCAGAACCCCAUGCUCCGUAGCCAGCCCAAUGCGCGAGAGCUCCUACGAUCCCCAAUGUUCCGCCAGAUGAUGACAAAUCCCGAGGCUAUACGUAGCGCCCAGCGCUUCGGGUCCAUGAUGCGUGGUGGUGGUGCUGGUGGGGGUGGCCAGAGUGCCUUCCCUGCUCCGGGAGUCACGGACACGACACCACAAGACAGAAGUACUACUGCCAACAGUGGUAACGCGAACGAUAACGCCGGCCAGCCCAACCCUUUCGAUCCCGCGGCAUUAGCGCAGCUGCAAGGACUCAUGGGCGGACAGGGUGGGAACAAUGCAAACCCUCUGGCAGGUUUGUUCAACCCCUUCGGUGCAGGUGCCUUCGGCCAACCACCCGCUGGCACGCAGACAGGAACGGGUGCUGCCCAGACUGAGGGUGGCAACACUACACAGAAUGCUGCUACUAUAGGCUCAGUUGACAACGCAGCCAACCCUACAAGCCCGUCUGCAAACCCUUUCGCCUCUCUAUUCGGUGGUGCUCAACCUGGCGCUGGCGGCGCCAACGCCAACAACCCUUUUGGCCUGCCUCCUAUCUCGCCUGAGGCACUGCAGCAGAUGAUGGGAAUCAUGGGCAUGGGCUCGCCGGGUGGUGGAUCGCCUGCUCCCCCCGACAACAGACCACCUGAGGAACGAUACGCUGAGCAAUUGAGGCAGUUGAAUGACAUGGGCUUCUACGACUUUGACAGGAAUGUUGCUGCUUUGAGACGGAGUGGAGGAAGCGUGCAAGGUGCCAUUGAGCAUCUUCUUAGCUCGUAG